AUGUCAGUCCUGACAGGUUCUCCUGGGAAGUCGGACUCGAUCAAUACUAGGAUGCAGGAAUAUAUGAAAAAUAUUAAUAAGGAUUCUCAGCCGGUUCUUAAGCAAAUAUCUUCUUCAAGAAUAAAUUCGAAUUCUAACUUGAAAGGAAUUCUGAGCAGCACCAAAAGUCCCAAAAACACAUACAGUGGUUCACCAGGAAAAGAGAAUUUCAACAAUGUCACAGCAGAGCUAUCUUUCAUCUUGAAGAAUUCGCCAACAAAACCGUCUUAUUUCAGUGCUUCUGGUAACAAUGUAAACGGUAACAAUUCUUCACCAUCCAAAUUGUCAUCUUCAAAGGAUAACGAUUACCAAGAGUUUUUGGUUAGAAUUGAAGAAGCCAAACAAUGGAUUGAGGCUAUUAUUCACGAAGAAUUGCCAUCAGCGCUGGAAUUGGCUACAACAAAGUGUAUGAGUGAUGGUGUAUAUUUGGCUAAACUUGUUGCAACUGUCAAACCUGAGCUUGUAAAAAAAAUUAUACCUACUGGUGAUAGAUUGAUGUAUGCUCACACACAAAACAUCAAUGCCUUUUUAGAACUUGUCAACUAUAUUGCAGUCCCUGACCUUUUCAAAUUUGAAUUAAACGAUUUGUACGAUAGAAAGAACAUCCCCAAAGUAUUCGAAACAAUACAUGCAACAGCUAGUCUCUUAAGUGCUCAAUACGGGACCAUCAUUCCGCAAAUGCAGAAUCUGACUGGUCAAAUAGACGUUUCUAUUGAUGAUAUCAAGCUCUGUCAAAGGAAAGUUCCUGGUGUACAUGCCUUUAGAUCAUUCAACCAAUUCGGUUCCAAACCAUCAUCUCCUAAAAAGUCUCCACAAAAGGGAUUACUGGACUCAGCAGUUCUUCAAAGUCCUGUGAAAUUAAAAACUGAGCCUGAAGUUUGCAUACCAGAAUCUCCUAAGACGCCUACCAGAUAUUCUUCUGCAAUCGUGCACGACAUACGUCAAUUCAAUCCUUCGCUUUCUGAGACGAAGCCACUAUCUCUUUCAUAUCCAACGGAGUCUAGCCCACAGCGCUUGAAAUAUAGUCCUGAUAGGACAUUCUCUUACUAUUCGCCUGGUGUGUCAAGGAGAUUAUCCUAUAGAACAGAAGACAUCGGGUACUUCAACAGGAAAAGGCAUCAAUGGAAUUAUGAUUUUGAUUAUUACGAUACUUAUAGGUAUGGCAGCACCCAGUAUUCGCCAAAACGACGUGAAAGAAUGACCGAAACAGAGUUUUUGGAUACUGUCACUCAUUUGCAAGCAUUACUUAGAGGUCUUAAUACACGUUACGAUGUCCAUUUGAAGAUAAUUACGCUGAAGCAUAGCAAUACCAGAUUUGCAGAACUGCAGGCGCUUUGUAAGGGGGCAGUCAUCAGAGGACAACAUCAGAACUUCGUUCAGAACCAUAAGCCAAAUGAAGCUUUGGUGACAUUACAAGCUCGCCUUAGAGGGUCAAUACAAAGGGAUGUAUUCGAUCACUUCAGAUUAAGAUUAAUCAAAAGGGAAAACUACAUCUUGUAUUUGAAAACACAAUUGAAAGGUUCUGCACAGAGAAAAUUGACUCAGGAAAAGCUUCGGUAUAAGAGCAUAUAUGGGGACACAUUCUCUGUCCUUCAGGCAGUUAUUAGAGCCAAAUUACAAAGAGGAAACUUUAUGUCCUACCAUAAUAUAUCGAACAUAGUCUCUAGCGAAGCAUCCGCGCUACAGGCUUUAUCUCGUGGAAGAAUCGUAAGGCUUAGGAUGAUGGAAGCAUCAAGUGGUGAUCUACAGAUAAAAUUACAGGCUUUACUGAGGGGUGCUUUUCAAAGAAGUAAGCUGCAAAGGGUAAAAGAAGUAAUGUCAUGCGAUCAAUUCCAAAACUUUGGGCCUAUCUUGAAAGGUUAUAUUGUUGCAAGGAGAUACACUGACGCCCCAAGUAAAGUUGCUAAUGAAAUUGUCAGCUUUAAUGCAGUGGUAAAGGGGAUGCUGACAAGGUUUGCCAUGGAACUCAUUAUAGAUAUUGCCGAACAAAACAACAUUGAUAGUUUACAAUCCAAAGUAUUAGGCUAUUUAAUCAGAAAACGAGUAAGCCAGAAGAAGAGCUUCUACAAAAUGCGUGAAUCUGAGAUCAUCAUUAUACAAAAAAAUAUCAGAAGAUAUCAACUACAAAACGCAUACAAAGUUUUAAUGUCAACGGGCAGUCCGAAGUUAAGUACGGUUAGAAAAUUCGUUCACAUUCUUAAUCAAUCAGAUAACGAACUAUUCUCUGCUAACCUCCAAAAGCUCAAGGCUAAUAUUAAUGAUGUUAAUGAUGAAGUAGGAGAACUGCAAGAAUCGUUGAGAAAGAAGGUUUUGAUGAAAGAUUCACUUGAAAAGAGAAGAAUUGAUGUGUGUAAGUUCCUCACGCCAGCUGGACGUCAACAAUUAGAGAUCCAAUUUAACGCCAUUAGCAGCGAUAAUAUUUCAGCAAAUCUUAAGUCUUUGUACGGUAAAGCAGGUUUUUUGCUACAAGUUGACUCAUUUUACUGGCAUCUUCUUGCCAAAGGAGAUCCGAGAUUUUGUGUAACUAAUUUACCAAAGUUGUUUGCUCCAAUCCGUGGUGCUAUUGGUGACAGAGAAAACUCAUUACUUAUUAAGGUCAUUGGAGACUUACUAGUUGAGGAGAUUGAUGAAUCUUCAACUUUGAAUGACUUUUUAGUGAACGAUGAUGCUGUCUGGAUUCAGGUUCUUCAGAACUAUUUGACCUCUUUCAGAAGCAAAGAAAUACUAACCGCUUUUGCACAGCUGUACAAAUAUCUUGAUUCUAACGCAAUUGAUUUUGAGAGCGAUCCAUCUAAGAUAUAUGCUAAAUUGCAUCCUACUGCUCCACCUCAAUUGGCACAUGAAGCUAUUGAGGACUCAAGUACCAGCAAAAGAUUCAUCAAAAACAUGACUUCUCUAUGGGGAGCUGUGGAACUAGUUUGUGCAGUAUUAGAUCAUAUUGUAUCAUCAACAAGAAACGAUUUAAAAUACCUCGCAUCCAGGGCAUACAGAAGCUCUGCUAAUAAGGACACCGAAGAAAGUUCUGCAUUAUCAGCAAUUUCCAAGAUUGUAGUAGAUAAUUUCAUUUUCGUUGCCUUGAUGAAACGAUCUGAUUUCUCCUCCAGUACUGUCGGACUCAAUUACGAUGAAAAGGCCCGGGUUUUAACAGAAACAUUAAAGGUUAUAUUUGCAUUAAAAACUUUUGAUGGUUACUUCUCUCCAUUGAACCAAUAUCUAGUUCAAUCUCACAAUCAAUUCUCUGACAUCUUGACGGAAUUACUGAUGGAGCCUGAAGAGAGUAAAGAAUAUGAAACAAUGGUCUACAAAGAUAUGGCAAAUAAUUCAAAACCAUCACUUAUGAUUUAUCAUCAAAGUUUCAUCAAGAUUCUAGAAAAAUUGGAAGGAACUCUGGAAGAAUUACCACAUGAUGAUCCUAUGGUGAAGAUUCUUUCGAAAAUUCAGAUUGAAUUCGACAAAACGUCCGUCAACGGACAAUCGCAACUCACCAUAAGCCUGGAUCCUUCCGCAUACAAAGUUACUCUAAACAAUUCCAGAUCUGACUUGAUGUAUACCGAGGCAAAGCAGGGCUUGUGUUAUUUGAUGCAGGUUGAGGAAGUCAAUUCCAAUUUAACGGAUCUUCUCGUUAGCGAAGUACUACCAGAGGACGAAAUUGCCUUCCAACAGCUCAUCGCACAGAAUCCAAGCAUUGCUAAUACUUUAUCUGAAAAGCACGGUGAUAUUAUUAACUAUGCUGAGUUCAAAAAGUUUUUGAUGUAUAGAAUCAAAGAGCUUACUGUUCUUGGAAUAAUUGAUAAGAGUAACGACUAUCAGUUCUUAUUGGUCGACAUCGCUAAUACUAUCAAAACUAGAUCAUGUAUUAAAGGAUUGAAUCGCUCUGAAAUGGAGCUAAUGACUUCUGUUUAUGAUUCGCUGAAUGACAAGCUUCGUAACACGAAACUACUUCUUGAUGCGAUGGACACUGCUAUCACAAAAUCCAUAAAAGAAAUACAAUCCUUGCAUGAUUACACGCCAGCCAAGAAAAGUGGGUUUGGUCACAAGCUGAAGGAUGUUUAUCAAAAGAACCAUAAGAAGAGCCAUGAGGCAGAAGCCGGUAUGAACUAUAAAUGGAGCAACAAACAGCUUUUCGAGCUAGGCGUUUUGUCGAAAGUAACUGGAAAUGGUGCUAAGAAUUCAUCAGUCAGCUUUUUCGGUUCCAGUGGAUCAAAGUCUCAAUAUGUUGAUCUCAAAUUCUCUACUAGAGAUGGUGAAGUGUUUGGAAUUGAGUUGAUUGACAAUAAGAACAAGUUUGAUUCUAAUUUACAAUCUGUUGUGAAGUUUAGUGAAUUGAUUGAAAAAGAAGCAGCUGACCGCCAUUCCACGAUUUCUAUUCUUGGAAGAAAGGAGAAGAUGGUUCUUAACGUUGGCAAAUUACUAGAUUUGCUUGUUGACAGUUUUUUCAGGUUUUGA